AAAUGGCCUCAAGUUGUGCCAGGGAAGGGUUAGACUGGAUAUUGGGAAAUAUUCCUUCAUAGAAAGGGUUCUCAGGCCCUGGCAGAGGCUGCCCAAGGCAGCAGUGAAAUCUCCAGCCCUGGAAGGGUUCAAAAGCUGCAUGGAUGUGGUGGUGAGUGACAGGGUUUACUGGUGGGGUCGGCAGUGUCAGGUUUAUGGUUGAACUUGACAGUCUUUUCCAACCUGAACAUUUCCAUGAUCCUGUCAUCUCUGGGUUCAUGUUGCCGUUGUUUCCCAACAAGGUCAGCUCUUCAUAGUUAGUGAAACCAUUGUAAUCUGCUGCUGAGGAACCAGCCCUAGCAGGAGUUGAUUCCGUAUCUACUCAAAGAAUGUGUAGGGACCUUUGUGCCAGCAGAGCCGCAAGUGGUACCAGACACAUCCAAAGGGUUAAUUACCCCAAGCAAGAUUUUAUUUUAUUGGUGAAUGCAAAUUAUUGUUUCUCAAUGGGCCAGUUUUCAUGUCGGAAUUGUUCCAGGCUGGUCAUGGGAUGUAAAAUGCCAGCAGAGAGAUCAUGGAAUCAUGGAAUCAUUAAGGUUGGAAAAGACCUCCAUGAUCAUCCAUCCCAACUUCACCAUGGUCAUCUCCAAGUCCAGACUGUCCUGGAGGGUGGUGCCUGCGCUUCCACAGCAGCUGAGGUUAAACUGCUUCAGUGGCCAGAGGGAUAAAAAUAAGUCCAGGCUGGGCAAAAGAUUUUCCAGUGAUUUCUUUUAUGAUGUGGACGAUUUAUUUUCGGCUCAGUUCAAAGCAGCCAUGAAGCAAUGUUAAACCAGGAGGUGGUGGCAGAGGGCGGUUUCCCCAGCAGGACGACCCACAUGGCCCCAUGUGGUUCUAUACUGUUCAGAUUACAUCUUCGUAUUCACAGCACAGAAUACACUGAGCAGAUGAGACCUUCCAUUUAAUCCAUGUGGGUUUUUUGGUGGAUCAGAAGCUCUAUGUGAGCCGUCAACAUGACCUCGCAGCUCAGAAACCACCCAUGUCCUGGCUGCAUCGAAAGCCGUGGGACCAUCAGGGAAGGAGGGGAUUCUGCCCCUCUGCUCCGCUCUGGGGAGACCCCACCUGGAGCCUGUGUCCAGUUCUGGAAUCCUUAACGUAAGAAGGAGAUGGAACUGUUGGAACGGGUCCAAAGGAGGCUACAAGGAUGAUCCGAGGGCUGGAGCUCCUCUACUGUGAGGGCAGGCUGGGAGAGUUGGGGUUGUUGAGGCUGGAGAAGAGAAGGCUGUGGGGAGAUCUUAGAGCAGUUUCCAGUACGGAAAGGGGCUCCAGGAAAGCUGGGGAGGAGCUCUUGAUCAGGGAGUGCAGGGGUAGAAUGAAGGGAAAAGUUUUGAGCUGCAAGAGGGGAAAUGGAGAUGAGGUCUUAGGGAGAAAUGUUUUGCUCUGAGGAUGGGGAGUCCCUGACCCAGAUUGUCCAGAGAAGCCGUGUCUGCCCCAUCCCUAGAGGUGUUGAAGGCCAGGUUGGAUGGGCUUGGAGCCCCUGAUCCAGUGGGAUGUGUUCCAUGGCAGCAGGUGGAACUGGAUGGGCUUUUGAGCUCCCUUCCAACCGAACCCAUUCCGUGGUUCUGCAGUUCUGUGAAAGCUGUGCAUGAUGACUCUGCCUGUCUGAGCUCUUGGAGCCAUGUCCUACCCUUUUGUCUGUCUCUGUGCUCCUGGCUCUCUACUCCUGAGAACAUGAACAUGUUUCCAUGAAGAAGGUGUCCAUCCAGAGCUUUGAAUUCCAUGGCUCUGCUUAUGGGUUCAGAACUAGCUGGGUGUAUUUUGUUGUCCCCCACUGCUGCUCAUCUCUCUCCUCCUGCUCUUUGCCACGAGGGGCUUAGAGAAUCUGCUUCUGAUAUCCUGAUUCUUCUAAUGCAGCUGGAAAAUCCUUAAGGAUGAGCACUUCCUUCUCCACAGCUAGAUGGUAGGCACAGACUGGAAAUACCCACGUCCCUCCCAUUUUGUUCCUUCCGCCUGGAUUUGUGUUCCUGGCGUGUGGUUCAAUCCCAGCUGACUGCACCGUCGGCCACUUUAGUCAGGGCUUCACCUCGAGGCGCAAUGAAUAAACACACUUUAUAUGAUGUUAGUGCUUGGGGUGCCAUGAUUUUGCCAGUAGCCGGGCUCUGAAGGAAGGGGAUCUCAGGGUCCUGGUUGAUGGUGAGUUGACUGUGACCCCUGGUAGGCAAGAGGGCAACCGUGCCCUGGGCACAUCCAGCAUGGCAUCACCAGCUGGGUAAGGGUGGGGAUUGUCCCGCUCUGCUCCGCACUGGGGCAGCCCCACCUUGAGCACAAGAUGAACAGGAUCUAAAGCUCCUGGAGAGCAUCCAGAGGAGGACCCGGAGCCGGGGAAGGGUUUAGAGGGGUAGCGUGUGAGGAGCGGUUGAAAUCCCCGAGUCUGUUUGGCCUGGAGAAGAGGAGGCUGAGGGAAGACCUCAUGGCGCUCUGCAGCUUCCUCACACAGGGAGGAGGAGGAGCAGGUGCUGAGCAUUUCUCUCUGACCCGAGGGAAUGGCAGGAAGAUUCCAGGAGAGGGUUAGGUUGGACAUCAAGAUGAGGUUCUUCCCCCUGAGGGUGGUGGAGCACUGGACCAGCUCCCAGGGAAGCAGUCAUGGUGCCAAGCCUGUCAGUGUUCCAGAAGCAUUUGGCCAAGGCCCACAGCCCCAUGGUGUAAAUGUUGGAUUGUGCUGUGCAGGGACAGGAGUUGGACUCGAUGGUCCUUGUGGUUCCAACACAGGGUGUUUUAUGAGUCUAUGAAUACAACAGAAGGGGUUGAUAGAGCACAGCUUGCUGCCAGGAGACUCUGUCCUGGCAUCCUCAGUUGUGUCCUGAGCUGUUGAGGUCAGAGGAGAGAGAUCAUGUAUCACCCUGGAGUGUCUUCCGUGAGAGCUGGGUCCCAAAGUGGCCAAUAGAGGAUCCAGCUUCUGUUGGAGCUCUGAAUGUGCUGUGUGUGGGGCAUAUUGCCUUGGGGCUAUGGGAUCCUUGGAAAUCCUUCCUCCAGCAAAGCUGACCACUUCGGUGUGCCGACCUGUCUUGUAUGAAGUAGGGAUGUUUCAGAACUCUUAACUUGAGUUUCCUCCUCUGGCUCCUGGCAUGGUGAUCGUUUCCCUCUCGUGGGAGAGCUGUGAAACUGGGGGAGUAGGUAUUGAUGGAAGAACACGGAGUGAUCAAAACAGAGCACAUGGCUACCAUCGAGGCCUGUGCAGUGGCCCAGCAGGUGCAGCAGGUCCAUGUGGCCACCUACACAGAGCACAGCAUGCUGAGCGCGGACGAGGACUCGCCAUCUUCACCGGAGGACACCUCCUAUGAUGACUCUGACAUCCUCAACUCCACAGCUACCGAUGAGGUCACAGCCCACCUGGCUGCCGCAGGCCCUGUGGGGAUGGCAGCAGCUGCUGCUGUGGCAACGGGUAAAAAACGUAAGCGACCACAUGUCUUUGAAUCCAACCCAUCCAUCCGCAAGAGGCAGCAGACGCGUUUGCUACGGAAGCUCCGAGCCACACUGGACGAGUACACCACCCGCGUGGGGCAGCAGGCCAUCGUCCUCUGCAUCUCACCCUCCAAACCCAAUCCCGUCUUUAAAGUGUUCGGCGCAGCACCCUUGGAGAACGUGGUACGCAAAUACAAGAGCAUGAUCCUGGAAGACCUGGAGUCCGCGCUAGCAGAGCAUGCUCCUGCGCCUCAGGAGGUUAACUCAGAGUUGCCACCCCUCACUAUCGAUGGCAUCCCUGUCUCUGUGGACAAGAUGACCCAGGCCCAGCUGCGAGCUUUCAUCCCUGAGAUGCUGAAGUAUUCCACAGGUCGUGGGAAACCAGGCUGGGGCAAAGAGAGCUGCAAGCCCGUCUGGUGGCCCGAAGACAUCCCAUGGGCCAAUGUUCGCAGUGAUGUCCGCACAGAGGAACAGAAGCAGCGGGUGUCGUGGACCCAAGCGCUGCGGACCAUUGUGAAGAACUGCUACAAGCAGCAUGGGCGCGAAGACCUGCUCUAUGCCUUUGAGGAUCAGCAGACACAGCAGCAGACUACGACCACGCACAGUAUAGCACACCUGGUGCCCUCACAGACGGUGGUACAGACCUUCAGCAACCCCGAUGGCACUGUCUCCCUCAUCCAGGUUGGCACUGGUGCCACAGUUGCCACGCUUGCCGAUGCCUCGGAGCUGCCCACCACCGUGACCGUAGCACAAGUCAAUUAUUCUGCAGUGACCGAUGGAGAGGUGGAGCAGAACUGGGCCACGCUACAGGGGGGUGAGAUGACCAUCCAGACGACGCAGGCAUCAGAGGCCACACAGGCAGUGGCAUCGUUAGCAGAAGCAGCGGUGGCCGCAUCUCAGGAGAUGCAGCAAGGAGCAACUGUUACCAUGGCACUCAACAGUGAAGCAGCUGCCCAUGCAGUCGCCACGCUUGCCGAAGCCACUCUUCAAGGUGGAGGACAAAUUGUCCUGUCCGGUGAAACUGCAGCGGCAGUAGGAGCGCUUACCGGAGUCCAAGAUGCCAAUGGGAAGAAGGACCCAAAUGAGUCGCUAGCAACUUGGCAAAGUGCAGAUCAGCUUGCUUGCAUCCAAGCGGACAGGAAGGAAAGAGUCGAGCUAUUUGCAGGGUCUUCCCAUUGCGAGCAGAUUUUUUUAAUGAAGUAUUGCCCUGAAACAGGUCUCGUCCAGAUCCCCGUCAGCAUGUACCAGACGGUGGUGACCAGCCUGGCCCAAGGCAACGGCCCCGUCCAGGUGGCCAUGGCACCUGUGACCACGAGGAUAGCAGACAGCGCCGUCACCAUGGACGGGCAGGCAGUGGAGGUGGUGACCUUGGAACAGUGACGAUGCCCA